UUGCUCUCUCAGUCUCAGCAGGGGAGCGGGGAAUAUCUCAAGCCAGCUACACAAAGGGAAAACAGGGGCCCCCAUUACUCACCAGGACAGGUCAGUUUGUAAAUUCCCAACAACGACUCCUGAAGAUUACCAUGGGUAGUCUCGCUUUUGAAUGCACCCUGAAAGAGGAUAUAAAGAAAACACGAGAUUGUCAGAAACAGGAGGUUGAACAUGGGUGAAGUCUUAAUAUGAAUCCGUCAUUGUUGCUGUACUGUCUGCUGCUCUGUUUAGCCUGCUGUGUUAUGGUACACACACACAUGAUUAUGGAGGAACAAUACAGCUCCAACCAAACAACCAUCAGCUUACAAGCAAAUAACCAAACAGAUGCACCUUCCGUGCUCAUAGUUGGGCUUUCAAAAACACCUAAGAAGAACAAGAAAAUGGAAAAGAAACCAAAAAAGAAAUUCAGCAACCGUGUGAAGAGACCUCCGCCGCCGCCGAACUGCGUCCCGCUCUGGAGCAGCUGCAAGACGCCGAACGCGGUGUGCUGCGACCAGUGCGCCUUCUGCCGCUGCCGCCUGUUCAAGACCGUCUGCUACUGCCGCAUGGGCUACCCGAGCUGCUGAACACCCCCAUGGAGGAUGCUGGGACUGUCCCGAAAUUAACGGCGUGUUUAUAAAACCCUGUGGGAUUACGACAAAACUGAGUAUCAGUGCGCUCCAUCAUAUAAUCGGAGAUUUCCUGGCCAGAUAUAGGCUACCGACAGUCAGAAGCGCGUGGGAAUAAAGGAGAGCCACCUUGGUGAUUACCCAAGUACUUUAAACCAAUUUUUAAUGAAUUAUUAAUCUAGCUAUUUUAAAAUGUUCAUAUUAAUGAAAAUAAUUUUCACUUUACGUUGUAAGCACUUUAUGGAAAAAAAAUGUUAAAGCGUCCGGUUCUGACCUGUAACCUGUUUGAGCUGCUAUAGACAGUAAAAGGAAUCGGCCAAAAAAAUAAAAAUCACCAUGACAACCAGUUACCAAAUAGCUGACGGUGUUUACAAUAAAACCGUUAAGACUCUCAACAACAAAUAAAACAAAACACAAAUAAUUAUGUAAUUCAACAAAA